UUCUCCCAAUGCUUCCUGUCAGAUUUCUGUCUGAUCUGAAAGAUGCGGUGCACAAUGAUGAUGUCACAGUGUCUGCUGUUUCUGCUGUCCAUGCAGGCUGCUGCUGGGGUUGCCUCAGCUCUCUCAAACCAGAACGCCACAGCGGUCCCUAAAACAUCCCUCCCUAGGAGUGGAGAGCUACGUCUGGCUGAGGGGAACAGUUUCUGCUCUGGCAGAGUGGAGAUCUACCACCAGAACCAGUGGGGGACGGUGUGUGAUGAUUUAUGGGACGUGCAGGAUGCCCAUGUGGUGUGUAGACAGCUGGGCUGUGGCCGCGCCCUGUCUGCUACAUCUUCUGCCAGCUUCGGCCAAGGCAUCGGGCCCAUCUGGCUGGACGACGUUGGGUGUUUGGGGUCAGAGUCCUCCCUGGCAGAGUGCAGCCACCUUCCCUUCGGCUCACACAACUGUGGACACAGUGAAGAUGCCGGGGUGGUCUGUGAGGCUAGUGCUCCUCUGAGAUUGGUCAACGGUUACCUUGACAAUCCUGCCUGCUCCGGCAGAGUGGAGAUCUACCACCGGGGCCAGUGGGGAACGGUGUGUGACGAUUUAUGGGACGUGCAGGAUGCCCAAGUAGUGUGUAGACAGCUGGGCUGUGGCCGCGUCCUGUCUGCUCCAUCAUUUGCCAGCUUCGGCCAGGGCAGCGGGCAAAUCUGGCUGGACGACGUUGGGUGUUUGGGGUCAGAGUCCUCUUUGGCAGUGUGCAGCCAUCGGGGCUUCGGCUCACACAACUGUGGACACAAUGAAGAUGCCGGGGUCAUCUGUGAGGCUCGUGCUUCUCUGAGAUUGGUCAACGGUUACCCUGACAACCCUGCCUGCUCUGGCAGAGUGGAGAUCUACCACCAGGACCAGUGGGGGACGGUGUGUGACGAUGCAUGGGACGUGCAGGAUGCCCAUGUGGUGUGUAGACAGCUGGGCUGUGGCCGCGCCCUGUCUGCUACAUCUUCUGCCAGCUUCGGCCAAGGCAUCGGGCCCAUCUGGCUGGAUGACGUUGGGUGUUUGGGGUCAGAGUCCUCUCUGGCAGAGUGCAGCCACCCGCCCUUCGGCUCACACAACUGUGGACACAGUGAAGAUGCCGGGGUCGUCUGUGAGGCUAGUGCUCCUCUGAGAUUGGUCAACGGUUACCCUGACAACCCUGCCUGCUCCGGCAGAGUGGAGAUCUACCACCAGGACCAGUGGGGGACGGUGUGUGACGAUUUAUGGGACGUGCAGGAUGCCCAGGUAGUGUGUAGACAGCUGGGCUGUGGCCGCGUCCUGUCUGCUCCAUCAUCUGCCAGCUUCGGCCAGGGCGGCGGGCCCAUAUGGCUGGACGAUGUCAGGUGUUCGGGGUCAGAGUCCUCCCUGGCAGAGUGCAGCCACCUUCCCUUCGGGUCACACAACUGUGGACACGGUGAAGAUGCCGGGGUCGUCUGUGAGGCUAGUGCUCCUCUGAGAUUGGUCAAUGGUUACCUUGAAAACACUGCCUGCUCUGGCAGAGUGGAGAUCUACCAUCAGAACCAGUGGGGGACGGUGUGUGACAACGCAUGGGACCUACAGGAUGCCCAUGUGGUGUGUAGGCAGCUGGGCUGUGGUCGUGCCCUGUUAGCUUCAUCAUCUGCCAGCUUUGGCCAGGGCAGCGGGCAAAUCUGGCUGGAUGACGUUGGGUGUUUGGGGUCAGAGUCCUCCCUGGAAGAGUGCAGCCAUCGGGGCUUUGGCUCACACAACUGUGGACACAAUGAAGAUGCUGGGGUGGUCUGUGAACACACACCCCUUUCCUCAGCCCCAGAGCUGAUGUGUGGGAGGAGCUACCUGGAGGUGGGUCUCCUCAAGUCUCAGCUAGUGGCCAAACGUCUGGACUCCUCGUCUGCUCACCUGGCCGACCCCCGCUGCUCCGCCCACCAGGAGCGUAAUGGGACGGUGUGGUACCAGGUGGAGCGCAGGGAGGGCAGCUGUGGAACCACUCUAAAAACCAACGGCAGCCACGCCAUCUACUCCAACAGUCUGUUUGUCUACCUGGUCAGCAAUGCGACCUUUGUUCGACCCCUGAGGAUCCCUUUCUCCUGCUCCUAUCCUCUGGAGACUGUGGAUGUGGCCAUCAAAUCACACCCGAACCUUGGAGACGAGGUGUCAGGCAGGGAUGGCAAGGCCAGGGCCUCCAUGUCUCUGUUCCGUGAUGCCAGCUACACAGCUCCUUACUCUGCAGGCCCAGUCACUCUGCCCCUGGGCUCCAUCCUGCAUGUGGGUGUGUCUGUUGAAGAGACGGAGGCUGAGGCCUAUGUGGUCGUUCUGGAGGACUGCUAUGCCACCCACUCCCCUGAUCCUGAUGACCUCAUGAGAUACUACCUCAUCCAGCACAGGUGUCCUGCCGACCGUCACCAGGUGACCGUGGAGGAGAGUGGACUGUCCCUCCAGGCUCGCUUCUCUGCGCUGCUGUUCCUGUUUCAGGGGGACUACAGGGGCGUCUACCUGCACUGCAGCCUCAACCUGUGUGACCAGAGGAGCUCCUCCUGCUCUCCUAUGUGUUCAGGAAGGUCUAUCCGCUCUUUCGACAAACUCGUACCCUUCAAACCUGUCUCCAUUGGACCAAUCACCUGGGCCCAGAGUCUGGAGUGAGCUGAUGAAGUCACACCUCCCUCAGAACGGCUUCAUGACCAUCCCUAUGGCAACCAGCUCAGGCUCUCUCCAGUCUCCUGUAUUUUGUUUCUUUUUAAGUCAUAUAAUGGAAAUGAUGACAGACCACCCUGCAAAUUAUUAACUAUAAGCAUUAAAUUGUGGGUUACGGUUUAUGAAGGUUUGCAUUCAAUAAUUCAGUCAUUUUCACAAUAGGGAAUAGUGGGAACACUGGGUAAUAAGUAUAGCCUACUAAAUCAACGUACUACUUUUCCUUUAAAGAUGCUGGAAAGCAAAUUCCAUGAUUUGCUUCUCAGUACAUUAUAUACGUGUGAAAUGAGUUCCUGAGGAUCCUGAGGCGAGCGAGGAAGAUUGUGGCCGACUCCUCCCACCCUGGUCACUCCCUGUUUCAGUCACUCCACUCCGGCAGAAGGCUGCGGUCCAUCAGGACCAAUACCACACGCCACAAAAACAGUUUCUUCCCUUCUGCUGUUGGCCUCUUCAACAAGGCCAAGGGUUCACACUGACUUCAUGACUCAAUGUCCUUAAUACACACUGCUUUUUGCACGGCACAAUCUUGUAACAUUUGU